UGCCUUUUAAUGUUUGUUUUGACGCUGGUGGUCUGAGGACACAGCAUAGAGGAGGUUUCAUAGUGAAGUCAAGAAGACAGAGACAAAACAUGCUCCAAGACACAUAUCAGAUAAAUACAACCCCAGGCUAUCUGUCUCACAGACAGGUUUAUAGUCUUUCAUUGACCAGCAGGCAGCCCAUAUGGAUGUAGUAGAGGUGGGGCCCUAGGGGUGGGGCUCAUCAGUAACACAUGCCAUGCCAUGAUGUAACAAGGACAGUAUUUAAAGCGACGGCUCUCGUCUCCACACUGCUGCAUCCUGUCCAUUCACUGAUUCAUUUGGCAAUUGUCACUUGGAGAGGCAUUUUACCAGGCAUUUUUAUACUUCCACAAAUCAAAUCACGGAUUUGGAGUAUGAUUUUAAGGCUCAUAACUUCUGAAAAAUCUUCUAUGGAAAAACAAAGACACCAAUUUAUAGCUGGGAAAAAAUUCAGCCAGAGGGACACCUUUAGAGAAUCCUGAUCUCUAAAGUUUCUUUCCUAGACUGCUCCAUUAAAGAUUUUGGAGGAGCUUCUUUUCCUGUGCACAUUAAUAAGCCACUUCUCAAUCCUUAUACUGAUUGAAAAAAUUCUGGAAAAUGGUUGGAUUUGGACCUGCAGACGUGCCUCCAUCAGCAGCUGUUAAGUUUGUAGGAGCGGGAACUGCAGGCUGCAUAGCUGACCUGGUCACCUUUCCCCUGGACACAGCCAAAGUGCGACUGCAGAUACAAGGAGAGGCCAGAGCUCCUGUAGCUGCAGGGAAAGAGUAUGCAGUGAAGUAUCGUGGAGUGUUUGGCACCAUCACCACCAUGGUGCGUACAGAGGGGCCCAGGAGCCUUUACAGUGGACUAGUGGCAGGACUCCAGAGGCAAAUGAGCUUUGCCUCUGUCCGCAUUGGUCUCUACGACUCUGUAAAACAGUUUUACACUAAAGGCUCUGAGCAUGUUGGUAUUGGCAGCCGGCUGCUUGCAGGAUGUACCACUGGUGCCAUGGCGGUUGCUUUUGCUCAGCCUACAGAUGUGGUGAAAGUUCGCUUCCAGGCACAGGCCAGGUCCCCUGGGUGUGUCAGGCGCUAUUGCAGCACUGUUAAUGCUUACAAGACCAUUGCAAAAGAAGAAGGCAUUCAUGGUCUGUGGAAAGGUACAGCUCCAAACAUUGCACGGAAUGCAAUUGUUAACUGCACUGAACUGGUGACGUACGAUUUCAUCAAGGAUACACUCCUUAGGUCCACGCCGCUGACAGAUAAUCUGCCCUGCCACUUCGUAUCAGCCUUCGGUGCAGGGCUAUGCACAACAGUGAUCGCUUCUCCAGUUGAUGUGGUCAAGACAAGAUACAUGAACGCUGCUCUUAGCCAGUACAGCAGUGUCCUCAAGUGUGCUGCUGCCAUGAUGACCAAAGAGGGACCACUUGCCUUUUAUAAGGGUUUUUCUGUUUUUUUUGCUCCUCAGGUUCAUGCCAUCUUUCUUACGCCUGGGCUCCUGGAAUGUGGUGAUGUUUGUGACAUACGAGCAGCUGAAACGAGCCAUGAUGGCAGCGAAUCACAACUGCACAACUAUACUGUAACCAUUAUUGUCUGUCAGAAGGCUGAUGCUGUGGCACACUGGUGCUGUUUACAAAUUUCCUUACAUUUUGUUACCUCCUAGACUAUAUUACAGCUCAGAAUAUCAAAGUUAUUUAAACUGUGUUGAUACUGCUCUCUCUCUCUCUCUCUCUCUCUCUCUCUCUCUCUCUCUCUCAUAACCACAUUAAUCAUCAGUCAGAGGGUAGCAACACAUGUAUUAGCAUGUGAUCAAUAUUUAAAAGCUAGAGCUUGUUUGAUGAGAUGCUUGCUCUCAGCGGAGAGCUUCUCGGGAAACUGGAUGUCAAAAGUAACGAUAAGGUUUCCUCUGUGGGAGGGAUCCUGGGACAGCGGCAUUCCCUCUCCAGUCACCACUUUGUUGUACGCAGGGCUGAUGUGUUGUGACAAACAAAUCAGAGACAGGAAAAUGGUAAUUAAUGCAAAUGAUGCACAAAGUCAAAACAUAUCCUGCUAGAAAUGUCCUUCUUUAAGUGUACUGUUUAUAUAAAGUGCUUGAAUUUCUUAUGA